AAAACUCUAUGAUUCUCUUCAGCUGUGGUUUUGUUUUUUUGGUCAGUUUAGUCAGUCAGUGUGAAUCUGAAUCUGCGUAUGCUAACGAAAUUUGAUAAGAAAUUGCAAGUUGGAUUGAAAAGUGCACGCAAUUAUUAUUUAUUGUUUCUCUUUGAUGGUGAUUCGCAACGCAUUUUGUGAGAAAACAAACGAAUUGAACAAGGAGGGAAAAAUCCCUCGAGUCAUUGUUUAGAGUGGCAUAGAAAUAUGGCGUCGUCAGUGAUUUGCUGCACAACAUUUCUGGCACUCAUCCUGGUCACGGGGGUGAAAAUGGAGCUGCGAUAUGGCUUCAAGCCAGAAAAUCUGCACGUGAACAUGGAUGAUGAGUCGUACGGUACCCCAAAGUGGAGUACUAUGAGUGUACAGCACGAGGAAAUCCGCCACCGCAGAAGUGUUCCUGCUGCGAUACCAAAUCUGGGGGAUGAUGUGCUGCGGGCCAACAUCACACGCAGGGUAAACGCUCUCAAUGACAGUCAUGCACAGCUAAUGGUCCAUUGGCUGGGCGAAGGAACCGACGUAAUGAUUUGUCUGGCACGUGAACCACCUUUGGGCCCAAUGGAGGAUGCAAAGGCCGCAGAAGCACCCUCACCGUCGGCAGUCUUUAUUUCCUACGACUACGGAGAUACGUUUGAGGAUAAAACCGAUAUGUUCAAAGUGGUUGUAAAUGGAACUGCUGAAAACUCAACUCUUGAUCAAUUUAUCACACAUCCCAAAUUUAAUACGAUCGUUUUCACUGAUCCUCGACACAAGACCAUCUUCACGAGUUUGGAUCAUGGAAAGACCGUACAGAGGAGUACACUAGAUUUUGCCCCAUCGGACAUUUCAUUCUAUGAGCUUGACAGAAAAACCUUUGUGACCUUGGAUAAGGAGGAUCCAGAGCGGAAGCUCUACUAUACAAAUGAUUUUGGACAGAGUUUCACACUUCUGCAGAGUUUUGUGAAGUCUUUUGUGUGGUCAUCAGGAGAAGGGGUACCGAUUCAUUUGUAUGUGGAACGGAAGGAGGCAAACAAUUCAUCAUCGGUGAUUUUCAUGAAUGCAUCAGACCUCCUGAAGGACCGAAGCAAGAUUGAAUUCAAUUUACUCAUUGAAAAUGUUCAGGAUUUCCAUGUGAAAAAGGACUUUAUGUUUGCCACACGAAAAGUCAUGAAUGAUACGCAGCUGUUGAUUUCCUACAAACGAGGACGUUUUGUACGAGCGGAAUUUCAAACAAAUCUCCCAGUUCGAGGUCUUCACAUUGCAGACGUCGAUGGGAAGAGAAUCUUUGUUUCGGUUGCACACAGUGAAAUUAUUUGUCAUCUCUACGUCUCGGAGGUUGAUGAUAAAGUGACGCAUGUCUUCUUUGUGCCGAGUUUAGAGAAUAUUUUUACAUUUAUCCCUGGGAUCACGUGGAAGUCGAGUUGGCUGAUGCAGACGUCCGAUGAGGCAUUUACGGAUUUGUACAAAGUUGAGGGUUUACGAGGAAUUUACAUUGCUAGUCGCGUAUCGCGUCAACCGUCGUGGGGAUUGAAGAUUGUUGGUAUUGUGGGACCAGAACAUCUUAUUUCUGUCAUCACAUUUGACCACGGUGCAUCAUGGCGACCAAUUACGGCACCCACAGUGGACGAUGAGGGGCAAUUUAUCAAUUGCACGAAAGAUUGCAGUCUGCAUUUGUCACAGAAAUUCAGUCAACUCUACCCAGUCACGAGAUCACCAACAAUAAUGAGUUCAAAAUCAGCACCAGGUGUCAUUAUGGCAUCGGGAACAAUUGGGAAGAGCCUCAAGGGGCAUCCGGGGGUGUUUAUUUCGCGUGAUGCCGGUGUUACAUGGAAGCAAAUCCUGAAGAAUUAUCACUUUUUCAAUUUUGGCGAUCAUGGUGGGAUUCUUGUUGCUGUGAAGUACUUCAAAUCAAAAGGGGAAACCUUGGAGAUUAUGUACUCAACGGAUGAGGGUGAAAAGUGGCUCUCAACACCCUUUCAUUCGACUGAGCUGAAAGUUUAUGGAUUAAUGACGGAACCAAAUACAAAUACAACUGUCUUUACACUCUUUGGCUCGGAACCCGAUGAGCAUCGAUGGUUAAUCAUUAAGGUGGACCUGAAGAAUGCUUUUAGCAGCAAUUGCACACAGGAUGAUUACAAAUUUUGGGCACCUGGUUCCCUUACUGGUGAUACCCUAAUGCCAUGCAUCCUUGGCCUUCAGGAGACAUAUCAGAGACGAAUUCCACAUGCAAAUUGCCACAAUGGCAUUGAAUACCAAAGACCAACGAAAACAAUAGUCUGUCCCUGCAAUAGGUGGGACUUUGAGUGUGAUUUUGGCUUUUCACGUGCAAACUACAAUUCCCCAUGUAUCCGGAAUAAAACUCUCACAACAUACGACCCAUACAAAAUCCCUGAAGAUUGUGAAGUUGGACAAUUUUACAAUCGUACAAAGGGUUACAGAAAAAUUGACGGAGACGUCUGUAUUGACGGUUAUGCAUCGCAAUAUUUGCCACAAAGUAUAGCUUGUCCCGUGUCAGAAGGAAGGAGUUUUCUCAUUGUGGCACAACGUGAUCAUAUUUCACGAAUUGAUUUGUCAACUGGUAAGAAAGAGCAACUCCCUGUGACUGAUUUGAGAAAUGUAAUUGCCAUUGAUUUUGACAUGAAGCACAAUUGUGUCUUCUGGGCGGAUAUUCUUACCGAUACCAUUGGGCGGCAAUGCCUCAAUGGGAAUCAACCAAGGGAGGUCCUUGUUGAAACAGAUUUGGCAUCUGUGGAGGGGAUGUCAUACGAUUGGGUAUCGCAACUACUCUUCUUCGUAGAUGGGACAAGGACAAAGAUUGAGGCUGUAAAGACAUCGCACGAUAAUUAUGCGAGAAUGCGCAAAACAAUAAUUGGAUCAGCUCACUUGUCCAAGCCACGUGGAAUUGUAGUUCAUCCCCUUGAAGGCUAUAUAUUUUGGACUGAUUGGAGUUCGGCAAAACCCUCACUCUCGCGUGCAAAUCUCGAUGGUACCGAUAUACGGGUACUCUUCACAAAACCCCAAGUUGUAUGGCCGAAUGGCGUGACAAUUGACUACAUUGCUGAGAGGGUGUACUGGGUUGAUGCCAGUAAGGACUACAUAGCCAGCUGUGAUCUUCAUGGUCGAGGCUUCCAGAAGAUUCUCGAACAAGAUCCACGUGUUGCACAUCCAUUCGCCGUUGCCGUUUACAAGGAUCUCAUGUAUUGGGAUGAUUGGAAGAUGGAUUCAGUCUUCUCAGCUGAUAAGGAUAAAGGAAUAAUCAUACACUCCAUUGCCGAAGAGAUGACAACGCUGAUGGAUCUCAAAGUGUAUGCGCACACCAUUCAAGAAGGAACAAAUGCAUGCAGUAAAAAUCACUGUAGCCACAUUUGUGUUGGUGCUCCCAAGAAUGGAUUCACCUGCCUCUGCCCGGAUGGAAUGGAAAAAUCCUCCACAGGGGAAUGCCUCUGUCCAGGAAGUCUCAAACCAUUUGCUAACAAAACUUGCCCUCAAUUGGCAAAUACAUGUGCUCCUGGGUACUUUACGUGCAACAAUCAUCUCUGUGUCCCAAUGCUCUAUCGGUGCGAUGAUGAGAAUGAUUGUGGUGACAAUUCCGAUGAAAUGGGUUGUCUACUCAAGACACUACCAUGUCCACCACACAUGUUCACGUGCAAAUCUGAUAAUGUGUGCAUUCCACAAUAUUUCGCGUGCGACCACGAGAAGGAUUGCAACGAUGGAAGCGACGAGCUCAACUGCAGCUUCCACGAAUGCGAUGCCAAAGAGUUCAGGUGCAGGAAUGGACGGUGUAUCAUUGAAAAAUGGGUAUGCGAUGGUGAGGAUGACUGCCGAGACAAGUCAGAUGAAGCUAAUUGUACAACUAAGAACAACACAAGCAAUAUUCAGUGCAAACCCGAUGAGUUUAGGUGCAAUUCAACGGGAACAUGCAUUCCAAUGCAAUGGAGAUGUGACAAUGAUCACGAUUGUCCGGAUUCUAGUGAUGAGAAUAAUUGCACGAACAAUUCUUGCGAUUCAUGGAUGUUCAACUGUGGCGAUGGGCACUGUAUUUACAAAACCUGGACAUGCGAUGGUGAUCAGGAUUGCACAAAUGGGGCUGAUGAACAAAAUUGUCCCAACAUUACGGCAAUAACGCCACGAAAACCGGGAAUUAAUGUUCUCCCAUCCGAUGUAUGCCACGACUGGAUGUUCAAGUGUCUCAAUGACAAAUGCAUCCCAUAUUGGUGGAAAUGUGACGGAGUGAAUGAUUGUGGGGAUUCAUCAGAUGAAUUAGGAUGUAGUCCGACGAAUAUCACAACAUCCACAUCGAAACCCGUUGCACCACCAAUGGUGGAGAAAUGUAAGCCAAAUCAAUUCCGUUGUGAUUCCGGAUUGUGUAUUCUCAAGCGGUACGUGUGCGAUGGGAUGUCCGACUGUGACAAGGGUGAAGAUGAGGAGCAUUGUUCGAGUAAUAAGAAGCCAUGUGGGGCAAAUUCAUUCCGUUGCUACAGUGACGGUCUGUGCUUACCGAUGGAGAAGAGAUGCGACAAAUUUGUCAACUGCAUCGAUGGGAGUGACGAGGAGGAUUGUGAGAAACAUCCCAAUCGUCCGGAUACUCCAGUCGUCUGCAAAGCUGGCUACUUUGUGUGUGACAAUCACUGUAUGCCCCUUGGGAAGGUUUGCGAUGGCAAGCAAGAUUGCUACGAUGGAUCGGAUGAGAAGAGUUGCAAUUCAUCCUCAAGGGUGUAUCAAGUAAUUCACAUUGGUGUGGAUGAGCGGACACUCAAUGCAACGAAUUUGCUCAUGUUUUGGUGGAUUCCUGUACCGCAAAAUAUUAUUUUUGAAUUCUUGCCGUCAAUUUCGCUUGUUGGUAGUGAUGUGUGGAGGAAUCACACAGAAUGGCUAUCAAAUACGGAACAUAGAAUGACCAAUUUGAAACCCUAUACAACGUACAAUCUAACAGUGUAUGUCCGUGUCAAGGGAACCCAUAAAGUCUCUCCGCCAUACCUUUAUAUCUCAACAACGACCGCUGAGGGUGUUCCCACUGAACCACUUAAUGUUACAGUAGAGCAAAUGAAUGGAUCCAGGGUGCAAGUUUCAUGGGUACCUCCAACGAUGAAAAGUGGAAUUCUGAUGGGCUACACGGUGUUCUACAGUGUUAUCAGUAGUAGCAACAACUACGCUCCACUGCAGCCGCAAUCUGUGUCUACGGGUGCAAAUGAGACAUCAAUAACAAUCGAAACAAACUUCUUCGGCAACACCACCUACGUGUUUUGGGUGAGAGCGAGAAAUUCAAAGUAUGAAAGUGCCAAUAGUCAAAUUGCUAGACUCACAUUUGAUGACACCAUAAAUAUUGAUGCACUGAAAAAUGUUGUUAUUGUUGAGACACACAAUACAUCGGUGCACAUUAAGUGGGAUCCAAUUGUUGGUGUAGAUGGGUACGUUGUUCAAAUGGUUCUACCUCAACCAUAUCCGCACAUUCAGCCCAUUACAACGAAGGAUACGAAGAUAACACUAACAAAUCUCAAUAGAGGCGUAAAGUACAUUGUUAAGGUGUCAGCAUUUGUGAAGCAAUUCUUUGGGAGACCACAAGUUGUUAACUUCCUAAUACCCGGAGAUGAAGUUCCAGUUGUACCAAAUUUCGAAAUUACGGGAAAUAAUUCUGAAUUUUCUGUUAUUCUAACGUGGAAAAAGCCCAAAUUGAACUUUAGUGGUGAUAUCACUUAUGGGGUAUACUAUGGGACCACUGCUUUGGAGCUUUUAGAGAAAGCGAGAAUUGUAACGACAAAUUUGACAGCAGAGGUGAAAAAUAUUUUUCCUUGUGAGUCAUAUGUAUUCAGCGUUGCAGUUUUAGCACCCAUUGGGCCUGGACCGUUGCACAGCAAUCCUCUGCGGUUUAAUUCUCCCUACAGCGAAACGUGGCCACCGAAAAAUCUCAACGUUAUUAUUGAUGAGAAUACACAUGAGAUGAUGAUUAGAUGGGAUCACAGUUGUCCUAUUAACGAUAUGCUUUACGGCUAUAUGAUCACUGUAAAGGAACUGACAUUGAAUAAGACAUCGGUGGUUGUACCAAAAUUAGCUCACAAUAAGACAAUGUGCCACAACUUUACGGGUAUUCCUGAUGGUGCAGUGUAUGAUGUGAGCGUUGCAACAAAUACCAAAGAUUCAAUUCCAGUAACGCAGAGAGUCUAUGCUCCACCAUUGCCGGUUCCGCGGCAAAUAAGAGUGUGGUAUGAAAAAAAUAAUACAGUUACGGUCUACUGGAAGGAAAUUAUGAACUACACACGAGAAAAGUUCCAAUAUCAAGUUGUUAUUGUUCUGGGUACGUGGGAUAAUAAUCCAAUUAAAGAUAAUAAAAUGGAAAAUGUUAAACCACUGCUGGUGGUUGAAGUGAAUCAUCCACCAGUAUCAGUGAGUCUAACGGCACUCAAUGAAAUCCAAACAAUUGAGGAGGAUUCACCCCCAAAACCAGAUAGAUCGUAUACAUUUGGUGUGAGGCUCAAAUCUGCAAGAGGUUUCUACUCUCAGUUUGCUGAAUCAGAGCAUAUUGAAUCGACAGUUUAUGUUAGCUUGGCUCGUGAUGAAUUGACAUCUUACACAGUUGUGUGGGUUGUUAUUGUGACAAUGCUGUUGAUCGUUAUUGUGGGUGUUGCGGUGUUCUUUGUACAAAAGCAAAGACGGCAGCAGAAUUCCUUUUCGCGUUUCGCCAAUUCGCAUUAUGACUCAAAGACUGGCGCAACGAGAAUUGGUGCUGAUGUGCUAGAAGAUGAGGAACAUCAUGAGACGCCACGAUUUGCCGACGAUGAACCGCUUGUUAUUGCAUAAUUUCAACCACCACGUACAUAUAGAAACAAAAAAGUCUUCAAAGAAAGUAUGAGUAUAUUAGAUUAAAAGAAAGAAACCAAGAUUUUCUAUGAAAUUUUUAAUCGAUAAGAUGAUUGCUUAUUUUUUUAGACAAUAGUAGCGAAUUAUAGUGAAAUCAGACUUCUUUUUUUGAAUAAUUUUUGUUGUCUAUUUUAUGUUUUUUUUUUAAUAUAUUUUUGUGUUAUUAUUUCUUUGAUAUUACACACAUAAUGAUUGAUGUUUGAGAGAGAAAUCAUACAAAGAAAUUUUAUGAGUUUUUAACGAUUACUUGUGAAUAAAUAUUAAAUAAAAUAUUUCUUAUUCUAAUAGAAGAAAAAAACAAAGACGAACCAGUAAUAAAAAAAUACAAAUAAAUCAUUAAUGUUAAUGAAACAUUGAUUUAUAUGCUGCAACUAAUAGAAUGAGUAAAAAAAAGAGAAAUUAAUCUAAAUCAGGGAAUUUUUUUUUGGGAAAAUUGGUUAACUUAAUGAAAUUUCCCAUUUAAGUGAAAAUGACGAAAUGUGGCAGCAUUUUUUCAAUACUGUGAUUUUUAAAAUAACAUUAUAAAAUAUAUUAUAAGUAAUCUA